UACUGGUGACGAUAUGGUUGCGUGACAAUCCAGUAACAAUCCAGUAACGAGUAUGGUGACACGAUGAAAUAACCGGGGAUACCGGUAGACUGUUGUCACAGCAUUUGUCGCAGAAAUUAUGGGACGUUUGGUUUACUGACAAGCAAGUAACUUUUGGUGGGUGCAGUGGCGGUGAAAAGUAAGGAAGGCGGGUCAAAAUCUGUAUUUGAGAGGUAAUCGGAGAUGGCAACGAACAUACCGAAAGUUCCAACUUAUUCUCGAAAACAACGCCGAAAUGACGACUCAAGUUGGUUUCUACGGACAUAAAGAGAGACUUUUAACCUUCAUGCGGUCAUACUUUCCAACGAUGGAAUAUUUCCGUAAAUCAAGGGUCAUUGUGCCACAGAUGAGUUGACAAACAGCAAAAAUCCAGUUAAGUUUAGGAGCUUAAGAUGAGGUUUGAGCACAUACGAAUUCAAGAUACCGACGGUUGAACCAACACGGUGUCAAUGAUGCGAUUUUGGUAUUAAACAGGCUGCUGUUUGUGAAGUGUUUUACCAUGAUUACACUUUUAACAUUUCUUCUCCCGAUUUUGCUUCAUGAAUGCAAUGUCAUUGGAAACGUCACUGCAGCAUCAAAUAAUAAAACCUGUUGGACCGAAUGCACAAAAACAUGUGGUGGUGGAAUGCAAGUCACUUGUCUAAAUAACACGACAAUAACGAGAGCCUGCAAUACAAGGCGCUGUCCAGGGGAUCCCGAGUGGACGAAGUGCACUUUAUCUUGUGGCGGAGGGAUACAGAAGAACAUUGACAAUAGCAGUAUUCUGCGAACGUGUAAUACUAUGCCUUGUCCAGGAGAUGCGGGGUGUUUAUCUGCUUACCUUAGCUUCGAACACGUUUACGAUCACAUUGUCUACGACGAGUCACAUAAUGGCAACGCUGGAACAAUGCAUGGAUGCGCGCGCAUCGUAAGCAAUGGUAAAUUUGGCAAAGGAUUGCAACUGAGCGAAGAUGGAAAUGUAACAUUUGAUGUAGAAAAAUUUAGCAAUCGACCAACAGAUGCAAUUACUAUAUCUUUGUGGCUUAAUUUAUCACAAGUCAAUGGUUCACACGAGCUUUUUUUCACUUGCGGCACUCCUGAGCUCUAUAAUAUGGGUGAUUAUCAUUUUGCAAUCGAAGAUGGGAAAGUCCAUUGGCUUGAGGAACUUCCUGGAAGUGGAACGCGUUUUAAUGUUUCUUCAAAUACUACAAUAAAAAGCGGUACGUGGUACCACAUCACAGGGACCUACAGACAAAGCACAGGGAGGGCACGACUUUACAUUAAUGGACUCCUGUCAAAUGAAGUGCGACCUUCGAUGACUCCAAAACGGUCAGCAGUACCUAAGCCCAAUAAUACCACGCAUGCGCAAUGGAAGUGUGCCAAUUUAGGCAGUUCACCGAAAGAGAAGCCUUUACAAGGCAUUAUAGAUGAAUUUCGGAUCUUUAAAUGCGAGCUCUUACCACAAGAAAUUAUGGAUUUGUACAAUAAGAAUACUGUCAAGAAAUUUCGAAUUCCAGCACGAAAAUCAAAUUCGUUAAUGAGACAACCCCUAUGGCGAAAAGACUUUUCUGAAUCUCUUUCCUUAAAAAAAUAAUGAUCUCUAUGCAUGGAAAGUUUAUAAAACUUCGAUCACUGAACAGUUGUAUCGCCUAUUGCUGUACCAGCUGCUUUCAUUUUUCGGAUAUAUUCUUCUAAAGUUUACAGAGGAUGAAAUUUGAAGUAGAUUAUUUAUUCCAACGUGUUUUGUGUCACUAUGAGGAAGGAGUGGGAAUAUGCUAAAAUAAGGAACACCGGACAAUGGAACACGCCGGGACACCGCGGACUAAAAGUAAC